CUGGAAUGUUUGCUUAAGGAAAAUGUGUUGACAUUUUAUAACUUGGAUACCGUCAUGUAAAACGAUAAAGCAGUUAUCAAUUAAUAACUCAAGUUUUUUUGACUAAAGGAAAAAAGGAAAUGAAGAAAGAUUCAACAAAGUGCAGGAAAAGUAGUGUUGGUUCCAGCUGCAGCAAAUCCCAGCAAAAUCAAACACCUUUAGAGGAAUUGACUGAGCCAGAACCCAGAGCCACUCCACGGGAACCCACCAGAGGAAAAUUAAUGAAGAGUCAGGAAGAUUUACACAAUAAAAAGAAACCUUUUCCUAACAUUGACAGUGAAACGAUGGGCUCCUCAUGCAGCGUUAUUAAUGGUGUGAGGAAAAAACUCCAUAAAAUGGGCCGCGUCAAAUAUGACUUUUGCAAACAUGCAUUAAAGAAGAAUAUGGAUGCUGCUGCAAAAGGGAAAUCACACAGAAAGUUGGACAACCCGGAGAAAGACAAACAGAAGAUCAAAGAUGGCCGCUCAGCCAAAGAACAGAACGCUGAGUUUGAAGCCAAAUAUGUGCAGCUGGAUCAGCUGGGCGAAGGAGGCUGUGGAUCAGUAUUUGCCGGCUACCGCAGAUCGGAUAAUCUACAAGUAGCCAUUAAACACAUUCCAAAGUGCAACGCUCCGGUGAAACUGCAUGAUGAAAGCGGGCGGCUGCUCUACAUGGAGGUGGCUGUCAUGCUUAAACUAAAAGAUGAAGCCCUGCAUACGUUUGACAAAGCGUCACCCGUGGCAUUGCUGGAUUGGUACGAUGUUCCCAAGGAGCUCAUCCUGGUCAUGGAGAGACCAAUCCCAGCCAUGGACAUGUUGGAUUUCAUCGAAAGCAAAGGAGGGACACUGCAAGAAGAUGAAACCAAGAUCAUAAUGAAACAGCUGAUCAAGACGGCAAUAGAUCUCAAGGACAAAAACAUCUUCCAUCGUGACAUAAAAAUUGAAAACAUCUUGAUUGAGACGAGUUCCGACGUUCCCCGUGCACGUCUCAUCGACUUUGGAGUGAGCUGCGUGACCACGGAGCGAUCCCGUUACAGAGUGUUUACAGGAACACCAAAUCACGUCCCUCCAGAAUUGCUGACAAGCCGCAGGUACAGAGCCGGACCAACCACCGUGUGGCAACUGGGAGUGGUUAUGUUUGAAACCUUCAACAAGUCGGAGAACUUCACCACAAAAAAGUUCAUCAAGAAGAACCUAAAGAUCAGAGAGGACCUGUCGGAACAUUGCCAAGAUUUUUUACGGGCUUGUUUGAACACUUUCCCCGAGAAGCGCCCCAAGCUGAAGGAUCUGAUGUCACAUUCGUGGCUCAAAUGACACACAAACACCGUACUUGAUUACAAUUAUAUAUGACAAUUUGAUGUAAAUUGAUAAAAAGCAACAUUAAAAGUCAAAGAGCAAAUUAACUUUAGCCACAUUAUAGAAAAAAAGAAAAACAGUACUGUUUUUAUUCUAAGUCAUUUUGUUUAGUGGAGGAACAAACUUAGAAACUUAAAGUGUAUUGCUUUAAAAUUUUAGUCCAGACCGAGUUUGAUUAAGGUUUGUCAUUUUUUUCGAACAAGAACAACAAUAAAACAGUAAAAACCAAACAAACAAAAAUAAAAAGAAACAAUGCAAAUUAUCCCACAAUCAAUCUUGAAUGCAGAAAAAGACGUUCAGAGUUCGAAAACGGGCUUUGGAUGAAGCUAAAAGCUUAUGAAGUCCAAACCCCUUUGUUCUUUUACUGCCCAAAUUAAAUAUAAAAUUAUAUAUAAUCAUAUUAUGAAAUCUAAUGUAGUGAUAAUCAAUUAUUUUGCUGCUGAUUAUUGUAUUAGUUGAAACUGUAAAAUACGCACAAGUUUAAACUGUUUUACAUCCUGGAUUAACUGUCAUUUCACUUUUUUUGUGUAAAUUCAGGGCAAAUGCUAAGAGGGCCUUGGCCUCCAGGGGGCGUCAUAAAUCAGAAAAAAAUAUUUAAUUGAGUUACAUUUAAACCAGUUGCAACAUUUUUCUCUUUAAAAUGAAAACACUAAUAGAAACACAAAUGUAAAGUGAUGCCCAAUCAAUAUUAUUAAAAAUAAUUACCAAAAUUAUUUCCCUCUCUUUUUCUCUUUUUCCUACUGGAAGGGGAGAAUUGAUUAAUUUGAACCUGAGAAAUUGUAAUAAAGAGAAAAAGAAGGGGAAAUAUGUUUACUCAAAGGAAAACUACACUUGCUUACCCCUACUCUUUACAAUAAAAGACAAGAAAAGAUAUCCAUCACUUUGUAGUAGUGUAAUAGAUCCCCCACUUUAAAUCUGGACUGAUUCUCCUUUUCAAUUUUUAGGAACAUUGCAAUUUCUGCUGUUUUUAUUUAUUUAUUUUUUUAGAUCUUUUUACUGAAGUUAAAGGUAAUUGCAAAAUAUAGUUUAUUUAUAUGAAUAUUUAGAUCAAUUUAUAAUAAUCUGAAUAUAAACAAGCAAACUAUAACUUUGAGCAUUUUCUAAAAACACAUAUUUGGUUUAUAUUUGGUUAGUGAAAAUGUAGUGUUUUAAAUAGGUAGAAAUUUUCCGUUCUUUUAAACAAUGAUAAAGAGUAUUUAGAUUCGAAGUUCAACAACAGAAACUGCACAGGGUAUUGAUGGAAUGAAAUAAGGAAACACGUGCAAAACCAAAUAUUGUUGCCAUCUGGAAAAAACAUGAUAGGAUCAAAUGCAAACACUGCUUUUAGAUGUUUACAAAGAUAUAAGAAAAAAACAGACCUCCGCUUUCAUUGAAUCAAGUCCGAGUUACUCUGCUCCCAAUCAUCUCACCAAUAAUUAAGUAUACAUUUGUGCAGAGUCAUCAAUAAUUAUUCACCAGUUCAAUAAAAUCUCAAAUUCUUCAGAUAACUAGUGCUUAUAGAUUAAUUAACAAGGAAUAUACUUUUCUGUCCCUACAAUGCACAGAAUCACCACAAACUAGUCAUUAAUCUAAUAUAUAUGAUAUAAUUGUAUAUAAUUUUACUGGGAAUCAGUUCCAUUGAUAACCAGAAAGUAUUGUAGCUGAGGAUUUUUUGUACCUUAUUCAAAGUAUUUCCAGAAAAAUGUUUUACCCCUGUCAACUGAAGAAAGUUUUGUUUUUCCUCAAAAUCCCUGUGCAUGUGCUAAUAAACAUUUUGCGUACUUGA